CACCGUUAGUCAAACACCGAAGAGACUACGAGAACGUUGUAAUCAAAAUAAUGCGCUGUGAAGCUUGCUGAAUUAACUAUGGGAGUUAAAGACUUGUGGAGCAUACUUACACCGUACAUGGAACGAAAACCACUAUUUGAAUUGAGCAACAAAGUCGUCGCUAUCGAUCUUUCCGGAUGGGUGUGCGAAAGCUUGAACGUUGUUGACUACUUUGUACAUCCACGUUUCUAUCUGCGGAAUCUUUUCUUCCGAACAUGUUAUCUACUACAAACCGGCAUAACACCAGUUUUCGUUCUAGAGGGAACGGCACCUCCUUUAAAGUAUGGUGUUAUUGUUAAGCGAAAUCAAAUCCAAUUCCGUGGAGCCCGGCCGAAGAAAAUAGCAAACUGCGACAAAGCGUCCAGCACAACGACAGCCACGAAAGAAAAAACCGACAAACCGAAAGAGCAAAAGCGUAAUCGUUUCCAUCACGUUUUGAAACAAUGCGAAGAAUUGUUGAGCGCCAUGGGAUUAGUGUGCGUCCAGGCUCCCGGCGAAGCAGAAGCCUUAUGUGCUUAUCUUAAUCACGACAAUCUAAUCUAUGGCGUCAUCAGCCAGGACUCGGAUUGCUUUGCCUACGGUGCUGUUCGGGUGUUUCGAAAUUUUUGCGCCUCACAGAACGGUGGUUCUGUGGAGAUUUACGACUUGCAACGGUUGGAUAACUCACCAUUGCGUCUGGGACAGGAGAAGAUCGUGGCAAUGGCUUUGCUUUCCGGUUGCGACUACUGUCCCGCGGGAGUUGUAGGUGUUGGCAGGGAAAUGGUUACCCGUUUCCUAGCCUGCCACGAAAACAACGAAAUCCUACCGAGAAUCCGAUCGUGGCGGAGCACGGCCAAUCGCUUGACCGAGUUAGAAAUCAGAGCAGAAGAUAAAAACAUCUGUUCGGAUUGCGGGCACGUUGGGAAGCUGUUACAGCAUCGCAAAUCCGGCUGUAUGGAUUGUCGUAUGAAGCCGGGAUGCGAUGAAACCCGGUGGAAGCAACAGCGAGCAAAUGUUAAAGCCGAACUGGAUAUUAAACGGAAGGCCCUGACGGAUCCGGCCUUUCCCCAUGAGCCAAUCAUCGACGAGUUCCUAGCGCGCCCUUGCGAAUUGCCCAUGCUGGAUUUAUCGUGGAGGCAACCAAAUCUUGUAAAAUUUAUCAAAAGUAUGUCCUCCUGCAUGCAGUGGAAUGAAUUAUAUUGCUUCCAGAAAAUACUACCACUUUUCACUCGCUGGCAAAUGGGUGCGGCAAAGUUAACACCUGCAAAACAGUUGAACAUAUUCCUUCAGCCAGACUUCAUAAAAAAAAAACGUAACCCCAAGGGAAUCGCUAGCUAUGAAAUCGUCUGGAGCGAUGCACAAAAUAUGUUCCAUGGGCUAAUACCUCAAGAACAGAUAGAUGCAUAUCUCGAAGAAGCCGGAAAUAGUCUGGAAUGCUUGUGGAGCACCAUCGAGCCUCAAGAACUGGUUGUACAGUCCUAUCCGGAGCUAGUGGAUACAUUUCUGCAAAGAACAACGAAAGGCAAGAAAAAGAAACCAUUAUCUCAGAAUAACGAUCAAGAAAAGCCGAAAAAGAAAAGAGAAACUCAAGCAGCUGGUAAAGAGAAAAAGAGACCGUACAAGAAAAAAGAUGUUCAACAUCCCUCAGUGAAAGAUCUUAUGACCAAAGCUGCAUCACAACAAAAACUGGAAAAAGCAGCUAGUCAGGAUACUGAGAGUGUUGCACAAACCGCCAUUCCUGUGGAAAUACCGAAAGAUGUAGACCAUUUUUUAAACAUCACCGCCGAAUUGGAGGCAAUUGCUGGCGAUUGUACCGCCAACGAGUCUUUUAAUUCAUCCGUUGUAAUUGAUCGUCUAUGCCAUCCGAAUUACCUUCAACGGGCACUGCAAGAGUAUACGGCAAUCAUCGAGUCGGAAAAGAAAACAACAGCUUUGCAGAAUCUCCUUUCACAAAGUAUGACGGUCGUGGAUACGGUUGAAUCUGCAGUGGAAGAGAACGGUGUCCAACGUCGUCUCGUCUUAAAACAGGAUAUCCUUAAUGCAUCGUUGAACAACUCCCAAUUGAAUCAUUCCAUCGUGCGACCGAGGAAAGCCAAGCGAAUGAGUUUCUUCUUUGAACCAAUUGAUUUUCCUCCGCCAGACAGCACAGCCCAACAGGAUUAUGAAACGGAUGCGAUGGAUAUGUUUGAGUGUUCACUUAUGCUUAAGGAUCAAAUUGUUAUUGCACCAAGUCCAUAUGAUGAUGAUGUAUCCGACCCGAAUCAGACUAUAAUUUAUGAUAUAGAUUUUUAAACAUUUCUUUUGUGGACCAAUUUAAAGAGUAGAUCAUAGGUUUUUUUAAAAUGAAAUAAAGACAUCCACUAAAAUA